AUGGACUCGAACAACGGAACCCCCGCCCCUUUCCCUACGGCAGGAAUGGGGGAGAUGAAACGGGGCAAGCCUCCCGUGAACAACGGCCGCGUUUCACCUAGAACCCCAGGGCAGGCGCCUCCUCAAAAGAAGCCUAUCGGCGCGCCAAGGAAGAAGGUGGUAAAGAAAGCGCUACCUAAAGCCCCUGCGGGAGACCCGAUGGAGGAGUUUUUCGCUAUUAUGGAGCAGUUUGUCGACGAGCCCGAGGAGAUGGAAUGCGUGAGGCUGGCGGAGGUUUCCCGCGCGAACAGGCCCGGCCGCAUGCAGAAACCUCAGAUGGGGGGUAGUAGCUCGGACGGUUUUCCGGCCGAUCUCGGCUGGUCCAAGAUGGAGAAGCAGAUUCACAGCGGCCCGAUGUCUCUCGCUCCGGCCAGCCCGAAAGUGGUGCAGAAGACGCAAUUACCGAGGGCGGCGAGCCGCGAUUCCGAGAAGAGCCGUGUUCAUCCGGCGCACGCGAGGACGCACUCGGUAGGUGGCGUGGGCGGCUUGAAGGAUCUAAACUCGCUUUGGAAUCCUGCCGCGUCGCCAGCUGUAAAGGUUCAGCCGAUUCAGCGUGCCAGCUCUGUCAAAGAGGGGCACGAGAUGCAAUCAUUGGUUGACGCGCUGAAGGCGGAAAUCAAGGCGAAGGACAAGCUUCUCGAAGCUUCGGAGAAAGAGCAACAGAUGCUGCAGGAAGAGUUGAAGCACGCGUGGAACAGCACCGACGAGCUUCAGCGACAGUUGAACGACUCAGAGGCGCUCGUCUUGAAGUUGCAGCAUGAGAACGAAGUUCUGCGAUCCGCGAAGCGUGUGUUAACGACGUCGCCUACUGACCUGUCGCGGAGGCUAGCUGCCACGGAGUCGCGCAACGUGGAAUUGGCGGAAAAAAUGGCAGCAUGUGAGAAGGAGCUCGAGAUGACAAAGAUCGCACUUCAGCAGGCGGCGCAAGAAAGGGAUUCGCUCGCGGAGGAAAUGGAGGCGGCACUUGCAAGCUGGGCGGUUGACAGCCCCGCAACUCCUGCCAGCGGGAUUUCGUCUGGAACCUUCUCGCAUUCGACGUCCACGUCAUCAAACUCCAGUUCCCAAGACGAGGUUCAGCAACUCGCGAUGGCUCUCGACGGUGUGCAGAGGAAGCUUCGCGUGGCGCGGGGCGAGAGAGACGCGCUUAUGGCUGCGGUGCGCGGAGGUGCAUGGGCAGGGGGGAUCACGUGGGCAGGGGGGAUCGCGUGGGCAGGCGAAAGCACAUGGCUCACCUCCGCCUCGCUCACCUCCGCCUCUCUUAUCCUCCGCCUCUCUCACCCUCCGCCUCUCUCACCCUCCGCCUCUCUCACCCUCCGCCUCUCUCACCCUCCGCCUCUCUCAUCCUCCGCCUCUCUCACCCUCCACCUCUCUCACCCUCCGCCUCUCUCACCCUCCGCCUCUCUCACCCUCCGCCUCUCUCACCCUCCGCCUCUCUCACCCUCCGCCUCUCUCAUCCUCCGCCUCUCUCACCCUCCGCCUCUCUCACCCUCCGCCUCUCUCACCCUCCGCCUCUCUCACCCUCCGCCUCUCUCACCCUCCGCCUCUCUCACCCUCCGCCUCUCUCAUCCUCCGCCUCUCUCACCCUCCACCUCUCUCACCCUCCGCCUCUCUCACCUUCCGCCUCUCUCACCCUCCGCCUCUCUCACCCUCCGCCUCUCUCACCCUCCGCCUCUCUCAUCCUCCGCCUCUCUCACCCUCCGCCUCUCUCACACUCCGCCUCUCUCACCCUCCGCCUCUCUCACCCUCCGCCUCUCUCACCCUCCGCCUCUCUCAUCCUCCGCCUCGCUCACCUCCGCCUCUCUCAUCCUCCGCCUCUCUCACCCUCCGCCUCUCUCACCCUCCGCCUCUCUCACCCUCCGCCUCUCUCACCCUCCGCCACUUCUCUGGCUCAGUGCCUUUCCCCGCUCUCUCCCCCGUUACAACCACUCUUCAUCUUCCCCCCCCUUCCGCCCUUCCUCUGUGUCCCCCUUGCUCAUUCUCUCCUUCCGUGCAUUCCUUGUUCCCUACCGCCGUUGCCCUUCCAUUGUCAUCGUUUUGUAUCCUUCCCCGCCGCUUCAACUUUGA